UUCGGGAGUAAUUUUACAUAAUGAAAUCUAUACAAUAAAGAAUAUAAAGCUUAAGUAUUGUCAUUAUUUGAGUUUUCAUCUUAUCUUUUUUUGAUCUAGUGCUAGACUUUCGUCCACAAAUUGGCAAGUCGGUUCUGUCAGUAAUUUUCCACAACACACCACAGCAUAAUUUAAAUAUGAGCCAGGAGGCUCUCACGACGGAAGAAUACACCCAGCGCCUUGAGCGCUGGUCGGAAAGACUAAAACGCCAAACCAUUUCUCACCUUCCUGCGGAUUAUAGCCGCCCCGUACCUUCAAGAUUAGUGGAAGCCGUUUCUGAAAAGACGCUCAAUGAUGAGACGAAGGCUGCAUUGAUCAAUAUUUAUGUUACUGCCCAAACAAAAGGAAUUAAUGCUACUCCUUUCAAUAUAUUGCUGACAUUGUUUAUCGUCCUAGUUAGUCGUCUGACAGGUGACGAAGACAUUAGCAUUGGAACCAGCUCUGAGGAUGCUGUUCCUUUUGUUUUGCGGACUUUUAUUCAACAAAAUGAGUCCUUCUUUGGACUUUUGGAAAAAGUGACAGACCUUGAAAGGUCCUAUUCGGUUGACGCUGUGGAUUUUACUGAUUUGAUCAAUCAUUUAAACAGUAAACUAGCGGGACAUGAUGAAACUCGUAAAACUCUUGCUCAUAUUCGUUUUUACAAUGCACCAGAUACGCCAUCCGAAGGCUUUUUAUCUUCAACCAGCAUGGAUGUCGAUCUGACUGUCUUAGUAUCCCUCAAGAAGCCGGCGGAAGAGCUUUCUUCUUUACGUUCUAAAUUUACUUUUCCUGAUCUACAACUGAAAAUUAUUUACAAUCAACUUCUUUUCUCUCAAAAUAGAGUCAAUAUUCUUGCUGACCAGCUUUUCCGACUUGUUAUAUCUGCUUCAAAAAACAUUGAAGACUCCAUUGGCUCUUUAGAUUUAAUGACUGAGUCUCAAAGCUGCGUUUUACCGGAUCCCACAGUUGAUCUUGACUGGUCUGGUUUUCGUGGUGCUAUCCAAGAUAUUUUUGCUCAAAACGCUGCCAAGUUUCCAGAAAGAGAAUGCAUCGUAGUGACUCCUUCUGUUACGGAAAAUGUUCCGGUUACUUCUUUUACCUAUCGCCAGAUUGAUGAGUCUUCAAAUAUACUGGCUCACCAUCUUAUCCAAAGUGGUAUAGAAAGAGGCGAUGUUGUUAUGGUUUAUGCCUACCGUAGUGUUGAUUUGGUAGUAGCUGUCAUAGGUGUUCUCAAAGCUGGUGCUACUUUCUCCGUUAUUGACCCAGCCUAUCCCCCAGCUAGGCAAAUUAUUUAUUUGGGCGUUGCCAAGCCAAGAGGUUUGGUCUUUUUGGCUGAUGCCGGCGUUGUUUCUCCCACUGUUGUUGACUAUGUGGAAAAGAAUCUAGAUCUUAAAACUUUCGUACCCUCUCUGAAGUUGUCGAAUGACGGUACUUUGACUGGUGGUGUUCUUAAAGAUAGUAACAUUGAUAUUUUAUCAAGCGUUAAGCACUUAAAAUCCCAACAAACUGGAGUCGUCGUUGGACCAGAUAGCACUCCUACACUUAGUUUUACUAGUGGUAGUGAAGGCGUUCCUAAGGGUGUAAAAGGACGCCAUUUUAGUUUAGCUUAUUAUUUUGAUUGGAUGUCGCAAGAGUUUAAUCUUUCGGAGACUGACAGAUUUACGAUGCUUAGUGGCAUUGCUCACGAUCCUAUUCAGAGAGAUAUCUUUACCCCUUUAUUCCUUGGUGCAUCUCUUAUUGUACCAACUGCUGAAGACAUUGGAACCCCUGGACAACUUGCUGAAUGGGCCAACAAAUAUAAAGUGACCGUUACCCAUCUGACUCCUGCAAUGGGACAAUUACUUUCCGCUCAAGCUGAAGAGCAAAUUCCAUCUCUCCAUCAUGCAUUUUUCGUGGGUGAUAUUCUCACUAAACGUGAUUGCCUUCGUUUACAAGUGCUUGCUACAAAUGUCAAUGUUGUUAACAUGUAUGGUACCACCGAAACACAGCGUUCUGUUUCUUAUUUUGUGGUUCCUGCUAGAUCAAAAGACUCUACAUUCUUGGAAUGUCAAAAAGAAGUCAUACCUGCUGGUAAAGGUAUGAAAAACGUCCAAUUGCUUGUUAUCAACCGCCAUGACAGUAGCAAGAUUUGUGGUAUUGGAGAAGUUGGUGAAAUUUAUCUACGUGCUGGUGGUUUGGCAGAAGGUUACCUUGGCAAUGAGGAACUGACAUCCAAGAGGUUCUUGCAGAGUUGGUUCGCUGAUCCCUCCAAAUUUGAUGAUCGCACUCCUGAAGAUGCCUUAUGGAAACAAUUUUGGUUUGGAAUUAGAGACCGCAUGUAUCGCUCUGGUGACCUGGGACGUUACCUUCCAUCUGGUGAUGUAGAAUGCAGUGGUCGUGCUGAUGACCAAGUUAAAAUUCGUGGUUUUCGAAUUGAGCUAGGUGAAAUCAAUACCCACCUUUCUCGUCAUCCUAACGUACGUGAGAAUAUUACACUUAUUCGUCGUAACAAAGAUGAAGAGCCUACUUUGGUUUCUUAUGUCGUUCCUCAAAAUAUGGAGAAGGAUGAUUACGGUAGCGGUACUGAUACGGACGAUGUAGUGGUUCAAGGUCUUCGAAAGUAUAGAAAGGUUAUUCAAAACAUUCGAGAGUAUUUGAAGACCAAACUUCCUAAUUAUGCUGUUCCUACAGUUAUCGUUCCUUUAAAUCGUAUGCCACUGAAUCCUAAUGGAAAAAUUGAUAAGCCGGCUUUACCUUUUCCUGAUACUUCUCAAUUAGCAGCUGCCUCUAUUUCUCGUUCUAAAAACGCGGUUACUGAGGCACUAACCGUUGCUGAACAAGAAAUGAAAGAUAUCUGGCAUAGCAUUAUUCCUCAUGCUACUGAUUUAAAUAAGAAAGCAAACUUCUUCGACGUUGGAGGACAUUCAAUUUUGGCUACCCGCCUUAUUUUUGAGUUAAGGAAGAAAUAUGCUGUUAAUGUUCCUUUAGGUUUAAUUUUCCGCGAACCUACAAUUGAACGGCUGGCUAGAGAAAUUGGCAAACUUAAAUCCGGAGAAAUGGUUGAUUUAUAUGAUGUACCUAAGGAAGAACCUAAAGAUAAAGAAGUUGCAUAUGGCAAGGAUGCCAUCCAACUUUCAAAUAUACUUCCUCAGUCAUUCCCUACCUUCUCUGGUUUAAAGGCUGAAAGCCCCGGGACGGUGUUACUGACUGGCGCUAAUGGAUAUUUGGGUGUUUUUAUACUUCGCGAUCUAAUGACUCGUAACUCAAAUAUUAAAGUUAUAGCCUUGAUUCGUGCAUCUUCCGAAGAGCACGGCUUGCAGCGUCUCAGGGAUAGCGGUAUUGCUUACGGUGUCUGGAACGAGAACUGGGUUAAGUCGAUUUCAGUGAUUAAUGGAGAUCUUGCUUUAGAAAACUGGGGAGUUGCCAACGAAAAGUGGAACAGCUUAUCCGAGGAAGUUGACGUUAUUAUACAUAACGGUGCUUUAGUACACUGGGUUUAUCCUUAUUCUAAACUUAAAGGACCUAAUGUUAUGGGUACGAUCACUGCUCUCAAGUUAUGUUCAUUUGGCAAGCCGAAGUCAUUAAGUUUUGUUUCAUCAACAUCUACUAUUGAUACUGAAUAUUAUGUCAAUCUUUCUAAUGAAAUUACUUCUAAAGGUGGUGAUGGUAUCCCUGAGUCAGAUUCUCUUUCAGGUUCAGCUGAUAGUUUACAAACCGGUUAUGGCCAAAGCAAAUGGGUUGCUGAAUACUUAGUUAGACAAGCUGGCUUGCGCGGUUUACGAGGAGUUAUUGUCCGUCCAGGUUACAUUUUAGGUGAUUCAAAAACAGGAGCUAUCAAUACUGAUGACUUUUUGGUUCGAAUGAUGAAGGGUUGCAUUGAGUUAGGGCUUUAUCCCAACAUCAAUAAUACUGUGAACAUGGUUCCUACAGAUCAUGUUGCACGUGUAACGACAGCUUCUGCAUUUCACCCAGGUGAAGGAGUUACUGUUGCUCACGUUACUAGCCAUCCUCGUCUUCGAUUCAAUCAAUUUUUGGCAACGUUGAGUAAAUUUGGUUUUGGUACAAAGCAAUCCGAAUAUUUGAAUUGGCGAAUUGCUUUAGAAAAAUAUGUCGUUCAUGAAUCUCAUGACAGUGCAUUAUAUCCUUUGCUACAUUUUGUUCUUGAUAAUCUCCCAUCGAAUACUAAGGCUCCUGACUUGGAUGAUGCCAAUGCUCGUGAGAUCUUAAAACGUGAUACAGAGUGGACCAAGGUUGAUGUAUCGGCUGGAGCUGCUGUACUUGAACGAGAAAUGGGACUUUAUCUGUCUUAUCUUGUUUCCAUUGGAUUCUUAAAGAAGCCUACUCAAGAAGCUGAGAAGGAAUUACCAAAGAUAAAAUUGGAUACUUUAACUAUGGAAAAGCUUGCCAGCGUCGGAGGACGUGGUGGCGCUCCUGUUUCUAAGUAAAACAUAUUUUGGGCAUUAGUGAUAUAUUAAAAGUUCUUCAAAAAUUUAAUCUGUUAGUUAGCGAUGUUUUUCAUCAUAUUCUAUGCAAGAAUUAUUAAAAUAAAUAUCAGAAUUAAAUGCUGGAGAUAUAGGUACUUCCAACGCCAAGUCUGCUGGCGACAAUGGGGGUUUAAAAUUAUUGUCG